AUGUCAAGAGCUGUAAUCAAUUCAGGACAAGUUCUCGCUGACAUAGCUGGGAAAUAUGAAGAUAAACAAGACUGGCAUAAUGCUCUUGAGGCGCAUAAAAAAGCGGCAGCUCACUAUGAACGAGCCAUGUCGAACGAUCACGACGCCUUGACUCGGCAGACGCUGAACAGCAUGAGAUUAUCGCACGAAGAAAGGAUAAAAGCUAUUUCUGCAAAGCUGAACCAGCCGUCAGAGAAUUUAUUUGAUAUGAGAAAAUUAGAGCAAGAACUUUUCGCAAUACAGAGAGGAGGAACCGUUGGAGAUCCAUCAGCACCAGUGCCGUCUCUGGAGGACGAAGAAGAUGAGGACGAUGUGGAUCCAUUCAAUCGCUUCUGGGGCGUGGUGGAGCCACUGGUCAAUAAGCUUUCACAGACACCAUCACCGCCAUCAACAUCACCACGGCAACCACCAGUAAUGUCGGAUACAGCUUUUGACGAAGCCGAAACAGAUCGAAUACAGCAAGAAAUGUCGCUUAUUGAUGAUUCGUUCUUUACUUGCCCGACAAAAGCACAUCAAAAUCUGAAAAACUAUACCCAAUCUGACCAGAAUCCAGUAACAUUGAUGCUAAAUCCAGAUGAUAACCCUGAGGAAGAGAACAAAACCCUGAAAGCUCAAAUUGCAGAUAUCAAAAACGAAAUUCGGAGUCUGCAGCAGAGAUCUGUGGAUAGCACUGUCCUAAAGAGCAGUAUCAUUCAGUUCAAGAAAGACGUUCACAAGCAAGCAUUACGAGUGCUUCAAACACAAGAAUCUGCCAUGAUGACACGAUCAGCCAUGACCACAGGUUCUUCGCCAUCCAGAAAUGUUCGACAUGUAGGAACGAGCACUGCAGAGAUCGUGAAUCGGAUUCGAGAGUUAGAGGAAGCAAACAAGGUUCUGAGGUCGCAGAAUAGAAAGCAAGACGCAUUGAUGAACAAAUACAGAGAGAGAUGGGAAAAGCUAAAAGAGGGUGCGAAAAAGAGACAGCCUUCAUCGUCAGAAGCAGCAGCGUCUAAUGGAGCCCCAGUAUCUUUAACAGAAUCAUCAACGGUUAGAGGAUCAACUCUAUUAAGCAACUUGGCAUCCGCUAAUCCACCCAUCACUGCCAAUUUAUCGGCGUCAGCAGCAUCAACAGCAUCGCCUGUCACUAGAAAAGCUUCAAUUUGA